CAUAUUUUAAGUGGGUUAGAUAAAAUAAAAUUUCAACGAAGUAAAUUUAAAAUCCUGCGCGCAGCACUCUUGCCGCCUCCGGCAAACCUUGCUUCCCCGGUCAAGGUCAAGUUUAUCCGCCUCGGCUCGGCUCGGCGAGCACAUAAACCUCCCGAUAUCGGUAGCUUUCUUCACUCUUCCUUCUAUUGAUUUGUUCUACUCGGUACCUUACUGUUUCCUUUUGGUCUUCGUUUGCGUUUCUCUGUUCCGAUUACUGCUCACAUACAUUCCGUGAGCUUAACCCUAAUUUGCCUGCCUUCCAGUUUGCAGGUUUCUUUGACGGUUCGAGGGAGAAACUGAACUCGCCACCAUGAGUCGGCCCAUGGAAGAGGAUGCUCCAAGCAAGGAGGAAGAAUUCAGCACUGGUCCACUUUCAGUUCUGAUGAUGAGUGUGAAGAAUAACACCCAGGUGCUGAUAAAUUGCCGUAACAACAAGAAGCUUCUUGGGCGCGUGAGGGCAUUCGAUCGUCACUGCAACAUGGUCUUGGAAAAUGUCAGAGAGAUGUGGACUGAGGUGCCAAAAACAGGGAAAGGCAAGAAGAAGGCUCAACCAGUGAACAAAGAUAGGUUCAUCAGUAAAAUGUUUCUCCGCGGUGAUUCAGUAAUCAUUGUUCUUAGGAAUCCUAAGUGAGGUGAGGUAGUAAUCAUGGAUCAAACUCAGGAGCUGCUUCCUAUUAUGAUCCAUCUUUCUAAGAACCGUGGAAAGCCAGUAGUAGUUGGUCGUUCUGUUGAAUUCUGGUGUGCAAGUAGAGGAUUAGAUGAUACUGUAGCUAUCUGUUUCUUUUUAAUAUGAAUGAAUGAAUGACUGAUGAACAGGCAUGUAGUUUCUUUCCAUCGAGUACGGGCGGUAUCCUUGACCAUUUUGGGUGAAAUGUUAAAUCAGGGAGUUUGCCAUUUCUUACUGUUAAUGUAUAUGGUUCAACAAAUGCCAUUAUUAAGAAAGCAAAAGUGAAAAGAAGUCAAAUUAAGCAUGGAAUUGGAUGUCUAGGCAAGUCUUGUAAUGCCUGCCUGUGGUCGUAAUCAUGAAUCUGAAUCCAUCUUUUGUUUGGACUCUUCCUUCAAAGUGGAAUGGACGUGAUUGAAUUUGGAAAGGCUUUUCCGGUCGGUCUGGAUGUGGCCACCUGAACUGAAAGAAAGGUGUUUGCAUCUCAUCUCAUAUAUUGCCAUUGCAAUUCUACUCGUCGAGAUCAGCAUCAGCUCAAAUAUCUAACCAAUUAGUGCCGUGCUUGAUUGUUGUUCGUGUCUGAUCCUACUUCUCUGUCUUGACAUGCGACGGAUAAAUCAAUCGGAUAUAAUGCAUAAUUUAUGGGUCAUUAAUCUUGUAUAUAUGUCAUCUACUUUUCUUUGCCAAUUAAUUUUAACAUAUGAUUUCUCUUUCGUUUUAAGUCGUAUUACUAGUCUAUAUCAUGUGAUAUUGUUUGGUAGUACAUAAGAUUAUAUCACCUGGUAUCCAAGUGUACCAUGCUAGUAUGAAUAUAUACAAGAGUGUAAAGUGGUUAUAUACGUAUGAAUAUAAUAAUGAUCAUUUUACCACCUUUCAUCAACGUUUACCACCUAUACCUAUUACCACAGUAUACUAGGGUGGUAUAUGGUGGUGUAUUUGAUCACGAAAAUUAUUCAAUUGAUCACGUUGAAGGUGGUAACGAGUGGUAUGGGUGGUGUGCGGAAAAAUUACUCGUAAUAUAUUAAAAGUAAAUAUCGGUUUGUAGAUCACAACGAACUCGUUCCAUCUGUGUAUAAAAAUUUGAAAUCCAAGUUAAAACAAAAAAGAUAAAAGACAAUUUUAAAAAAUCUGAUAAUAAAAGACAUUUUGAAAUCAGUGACUCGAUUAUGUAAGGGUUACUCUUAAUAUCUUGGACCAUCUUUAGAAAGAGAAGUCCUAUGGUUUACUACUAACUUAAAGCUAGAAAAUAAAAAGUUUUACAAGUACAAAGCACAGAGUAAAAGCAAUUAUAUUUAAUAAAGUUGAGCUAUCAAUAAGUGUCUUUUUUGCUAUGGUAUGGGUAGUUCUUUAAUAUUUUGUUGAUAAAUUAAAUCUUCAUUGCAUUUUUCGUUUAAGAUUGUUGUCUCCUCCUCCACCGAUAUUUCUUAGAAUCGACGUCUUCUCCUCUACCACGAUUGCCUUACUAUUUGAAUCCUCCGAAGAGUCCUCCCUAUGACACAAUAAGACCUUAUGAUAGCUCCUCCUCUGCCUCGAUCGUUGUUGCUCUUUGGAUAUUUCGACAAUUCCUCCACCACAAUUAAAAUGGAUGUCAUCU